AUGCCUGCUACGACACCCCGAUUCACAAAGAUGCCUACCAUCUAUAGAAGGAAAGCGGGAAAUCGUCGUUACAUUGACUACACUAAAGAGCAGUUGGAGCAAUGUUUAAAUGACGUGAGAUACAAGAUACGGACUCAACGGGCUGCUGCAGCUAAGUAUAAAAUUCCUCGUAGUACGAUAAAGAAUAAACUGAAGAAUAAGCACUGUAACAUACCCGGCCAUCUAACUAUAUUCACAACAGAAGAAGAACAAGCAUUUGUUGCCCAUGUUACAGCGCUCUCAGAAUUUGGGUUUCCGAUAACAGAUAUUGACCUCAAAAUUAUUAUCAAAGACUACUUGUCGGCUCGUGGAAGACAGUUUGUUGAAGAUUUGACUGUAGAGUUAGACAAUAUUCCACCAGAGAAUAUCUACAACUACGAUGAAAGUAGCCUUAUCGAUGACCCCGGAAAAAAGAAAGUAAUUUGUAGACGUGGCACAAAGUAUCCUGAAAUGAUUGUAAAUGCUACAAAAAAAAAAGAUGGCCGCAAAGUGAUUAUUGGUGACAACUUGUCCUCCCAUAUAAACAAAAAUGUGUUAGCAGCAUGCGAGGCCAGCAACAUCAGUUUUAUCUGUUUACCUGCCAAUGCAACUCAUAUUCUUCAGCCACUUGAUGUGGCAUAUUUCAGGCCAUUGAAGAUUAAAUGGCGUCAAGUCUUGCUAGAUUGGAAAAAUACCCCAGAAGGAAGAAGACUUCCAACCGUGCCGAAGGAUCAAUUUCCUAGACUACUAAAAACUGCACUGGAUAGCAUGAAAGAAACCCAAAGUUAUCUCGUAAACGGGUUCAGGAAAACUGGCAUUUAUCCUCAGAACGUAGAAGAACCUUUGAGUAGAUUGCCAAGACAAGACAGAAUUGUAGAUCUCAAUCUAAUUUCCGGCGCUUUUAUGCAAAAUCUGAAGCAAUUACGGAACAGAGAACAAGCUAGUCCUUCAGGAGUAAAUAGAUCAGAUUCUAAGAAAAAUGCAAAGUCCAGGAAGCGAUUGAUUAGUGAGGUUUCCUCUUCAGAAUGCAGUGACACAGACAUAAGUUUGGCAUCUUCUACUGAAGAUCUCAUUCUGGCACGAGAUCAAUCUGAUGAUGAAGAGGACAACUUACGCCUAGCACAGCUUACAAAUCGCAAUCCCAGAAGAAACUAUGAUGGAAAUCUGGAGGCGCUUGGGCCAUCAACUCAGCUACCAGAGCCCAUUCCUCCGGAUUGCAACACAAGGUUUAUUGAAGAUCCGCUUUUAAGAAACUGUUCGAAGUCUGACGGUCAAAGUUGCAGUAAUGAAGACGAAAAUAAAGAAGGGCCGCCUAUGCCAAAUAAAAUUAAUCCAGAUGAUGUACAAAAAGCGGAAGAGGAAUAUCAAAAUGGCGAUGGUUACUGUAUCAAUGAUCAUGUAUUGGUUAAGUGGAAUUCACGUGUUUAUCCAGGGAAAAUCAUAUCGAUAUCUGCAGAGGGAGCGCUAAUAAGUUGUAUGAAAAAAGGAAAGUUCUGGAGAUGGCCUAACAUAAAAGAUGAGCAAUUAUACGCUUGGGAGUCAGUGAUAACAAAGAUUGGAGUACCAAAAUUCGUGAAAAAUGGACAAUUUACUGUACCUGAACUUGAUAAAAUACGUUCUUUAUAA